AUGGUCUACAUCCGGCAACAUCACCUCGCGAACCUCCGCAACUAUCGCUAUGCGGGCGUCGACCACUCGCUCGUCAGUCGGUACAUCCUCAAGCCGUUCUAUAGCAAAUAUGUGAUCCACUGUUUCCCCAUGGGGAUGGCACCCAAUGCCAUCACCUUGACCGGCUUCUUGUUCGUGGUAUUUAAUUUCAUCACCGUCCUCUGGUACAAUCCGUCUCUCGACCAGGACUGUCCGCCCUGGGUUUAUGCGUCCUGCGCGCUGGGCUUGUUCUUGUACCAGACUUUUGAUGCCGUAGAUGGCAUGCAGGCGCGGAGGACGAGGCAGAGUGGACCGCUGGGCGAGCUCUUUGACCACAGCGUCGAUGCAUGCAACACCGGCUUGGGCGUGUUGAUCUUUGCGGCUUCGAUGAACCUUGGCCAGUCGUGGACGACCGUGCUGAGUCUGUUUGGCUCGACCAUGACCUUUUACGUGCAGACGUGGGACGAGUACUACACCCAAGUCCUGACCCUCGGCAUCAUCUCGGGCCCCGUCGAAGGCAUCCUGACGCUGUGCACCGUGUACGCCAUCACGGCGUACAUGGGCGGCGGCAGCUUCUGGCACCAGCCGAUGCUGUCGACGCUGGGCGUGUCGAAGCCGAGUUUCGUGUCGGACCAAGUCUACGCCAUGCCAUUCACGCAGUGGUACCUCGUGUACGGCGCGCUCAUGCUCUUCUUCGCCACGAGCUCCAGCAUCUGGCAUGUCAUGCAGGUGCGUCGCCAGCGCGGACAGGACCCGCUGGCUCCGCUGUACGGCCUGCUGCCCUUGGUGGUGAUUUGGAUCUUGGUCCCCGCCUACCUGGCCCUGCAGCCCACUAUUCUGGAUAACUCUCUGAUUCCCUUUGCGCUGUACGUUGGCCUGGUCAACGCCUAUGCUGUCGGCCGCAUGAUCGUCGGCCAUCUCGUUCAGUCGGGCUUCCCCUACCAUAACAUCCUGCUGUACCCGCUGGCCCUCGGCGUGAUUGAUAGUGCUGGGCCGGUCGUCGGUCUCUGGUCUGCUUCGGUACUCGGCGACGGGUUCGGGCAGGUUAUCUUUGUCUAUGCGUGUCUGGGUCUGGCGGUCGGUAUUUAUGGCAGCUUCGUGUUUGACGUGAUCACCACGAUAUGCGACUACAUCGACAUCUGGUGUCUGACCAUCAAGUACCCGUUUGUCGAGGAGACGGAGCGCAAAGGCGAGGCUGUCAAGAAGACCAAAUAA